AUUAUAACCAAUCAGAAUUAAGUAUUUCAAUUUUCCCGCUUCGAUCGGUCGCAUCGUCUCAUUCGACAUAAGCCGGGCGUAACCUGACCUAACCUUACAUUUUGUUUUGAUUUGUUUACUAUUGCAAAUUGCAAACAUUUUGUAUGUGUCUAUGGCUACAAAAAAUAAAAGAAUUGUUUAUAGUGAUGCAGAUUGCCACCGGCUAGUGGACAUUAUAAUUACAUAUAGAAACGUUAUAGAGUGUAAAAAAAUUGCCGCCACAACCUGGAAAGAAAAAAAUGCCACUUGGCAGAAAAUUGCCCAAAUUUAUAACUCUGGUACCACAGAGCCUCGAACAGCUGACCAAUUACGUUGUAAAUAUGAUAAUUUAAAGAAAGACGUUCGUAAGUAUGAUGCACAGAAAAGGCAAAGUUCGUAUAGAACUGGUGGUGGACCAACUAUUGAUGAGCUGAAGGCCAUAUUGAAGCUCCUGUAUGAUAAAAUUAAAAGUAUUAUUAGCUUUUCGGUGGAUGGUUUAGAGCCUAGUCAGGGUGCCAGCGACAUGCUUGUAGAAAGCAAUAUAGUUAUUGAACCAGAAAGUUCUUCACAUAAUGAAGGAGUAGUUGCCAGUCAUGAAUGCAAUGAUCAAUAUAUUAUAGUAUAG